CCAUCCCUCAACAACCAAAUCUCCCAUCUUUUCCUCUCCGCUGCUGCCGCCGCCGGCCGCGUUUCUAGGGUUUCCCCCAUCCCCAAUUCGUCCGCCACCACCUCCAACCCGGAUCCAGCAGUGAUGGCGACCCGAGAGGCAGGCAAGAAGAUGAUCAUGCUCAAGUCACCCGACGGCAUGGAGUUCGAGGUGGAGGAGGCAGUCGCCAUGGAGUCGCAGACUAUUCGCAAAAUGAUCGAGGAUGACUGCGCCGACACAGCCAUUUUGAUCCCCAACAUCAACUCCAAGAUCCUCUCCAGGGUCAUCGAGUACUGCAACAAACACGUACCAACCACUGGAGCCACCGGUGCCGCUGCGUCUGACACCGUGGCUCCCGCCGCCCUAGCCGAGGACCUCAAGAUUUGGGAUGCAGAAUUCAUCAAGGUCAAUCGUGCCACCCGCUUCGACCUCAUCCAGGCUGCAAGUUACCUCAACAUCAAGGGGUUGUUGGACCUGACUAGCCAGACGACUAUCGACACGAUUAGUGACAAUUCUCUGGAGGAGAUCCGUAGUUUCUUGAGCACCAAGAACGACUACUUGCCUGAGGAGGAGCAGACGAUCCGCAGGGAGAACCAGUGGGCAUUUCAGUAGAGGAGCGUCUAGGUCGUGUUGAGUGAACGCUUAGUAUUCGUCAUGUGAACCUUUUAGCUGCACUCCUUGUGUUUUAAUUGGUUUUAAUUGUACUGGAGUUUAUGAGGUUGCGUCAGUGAACAUAUUCAGUGUUUAAGCUUGCGUGAA